AUGAAGAAAGCUCUGUCUCCCAGCUGCCUAGUUCGGAAGGCAAAGACUGAGUGGAUGAAAGAUGAUGACACAUGUAUUGACAGGAGUGUGAAAGAACAACAGCUAUCCUCUACUGCUGUUGAUGGUGAAGCUAACAAUCACAGGAAAAAAUAACGGAUUCCCAUUUUGGGAAUCGCAAGUAAAAUCCCAAAUUGAUAACGCAACUUUGGGAAUUACUUGGGUAUUGCAUUCCAAAAUUUGGGGAUUCACAAUAUCGUUCACAGAUUGAUUUUGAAUUUGGGAAUUACCUUAUUCCCACUUUUAUUUGCAGUUAAAAAAGAAUUAAAAUAUGAAAAUGAUUUCUACCCUGCGAGCAGUCAGCCUGUUUUAUACGUGCAAGGGGGCGUAAAAAAAAACAACUAGGUGACAGACAAUACGCAAACGACUUCGUAAACACUAAAAGACAUGCAAGACAGAAACCUUCUGCUCUCAGGGUAAAUGAUUUCUGAAAGGGACUAAAAGUUAGCUUUGAAAUAAAGAUUGUUCACUUUAAGCUCAACAAAAUAACUCGAAUUCCACUUACAUCUGUAAUAUUUGAUCACUUUCUUGAACUUAUCAUUGUGAUAUUCUGACGUAUUCUCUUACUUCCAAUAAAACUAAAAACACAGGUUGCCUUAGCAAAAAUUUAGAAAAGGUAACUUGCUACUGUGAAAAAGGUCAAUCAUCUUCUCUGAACACUCCUCUUUCUUGUCCUCGCCAAGAGCCUUUGCAAAUUCCCAGAAUUGAUUUCCAUGAAAUGUUCUGUGGUACGGAUCCCUCGCGCACCCAUAAGCGUGACUCCCUUUCCCAGCGAGGAUGAGGAACAUAAAAGUGUGCUCUGACUGUCCUUGUCCUUUCACUGACUGUUUGGACAAGAGCCCUCCAUGGUUCCACAUCAUCGCCUUUAACCAAUACCAUAUCUCCCUCUAGUGGCCAGGAAGGCACAGUCACAAAAGUAAUUGGAAAAUCAGGGCGUUUAUAAUCUAUGCAAACCAACUGCCUUUCGCUGGCAAGAUUACGACUAUCUUCACAAAGAAUGAUGUGCCUUCUAAUGCUGGAUGCAUGGCAAACACGUUCAGUCCCUGAUGUCUCUACAACAAGAUAUUUUGUCCAAGGAUGGCGAGCAGGCUGAGAGUCACUAAUCACAUAUUGAAAUGCAUCUCCAAUAAUGAAAACUUCAUGAUCUUCAAGCACUUCCAUUCUCAGUAUCUGUGUUAUUCUUAAUGCUUGAAAGCCAUUUUUAAUGCUUUCGAUAAUAACAGAGUCACCCGCUUUGAAGGUCUCCCGUUUAUUUCCACAUUGUUGAGUAAAACAAAUGCUGCGACACUCACUUACAACAUCAGACAGAUCAUCAUCAGUAGCUGUAAUUCCUUUUUCGUCAUACAGAAUUUGUAGCACUUCAUUUCUUUGUGCCCUCACAUUCCAGUGUACCCCUUUCAGAUGCCCAAGAACAAAAAAUUCAGGUAAUACAUGAUCUCUCCUUUCAGAAGGAAUAGAGGCAACAACUGUAGACAUUUCCGACAGACUUGCACAACAGUGUGUCAUCAGCACUCUAGCAGAUAGACCAGACAGACCAUCCCGUCGCAACUCAGCUCUGGCAAAAGUCAGUUCAUUAUUUUUACGGUUGUUUGAUAUAGAGAUAUACCUUGCUACAGAUCUCUCAAAAUCGUAACACCAGAAGUUAUCUGGGGAUCCAAAAUUUACAACAUCCUCAUGAAUGUGUGUGAGUAGAUGAUUGACUAAAUGACAACUGGAUAGACCAUAUCUUUCCUCUAGCAAAAUGUUAUAGCGAAUACACAUGUCCUUAAAAACAGUAGCUGAAUCGAUGUUCCAUCCAUUUCGCCCUUGAUAGUAAAGAAACUCUACAAUCCGUGGAAGUGUCUGCCACACUUCAUAAUCUUGGUAGUUAAUUAAACCCCCUAAUACUAGUUCAGAAGCUGGGAAAGCAAACUUCUGGUAGUCCUCUGCUUUCCAAAAGCCAGUGCGGUUGAUGUUUGAGGGGUACCGCGAUGCACGUAAAUCAGGACUCCAUGGAAAAUUUUGUAGUCUUUCCUGUAAUGCACUCUUGUCAGUAGCUUCAUCAUUUAAUAUGUAUGACAAAUGAUGUUUGAUAAUUCCAAGGGAAACUGUGUGCAUUACAUGAAUAACACAGUCACGCUGAAUGUCAAAGCCAUACAGUCUGGUUAAUCUAUACAAAAUAGGCAAACCUGUGAAACCAACUUCUUGAGACCUUGUAGUUGCCACUGUUGCCCUUUCUUCUUCUUCUUCUUCUAUUUCUUGAAGAAUAUGCUCCUCAAUUACACGUCUUGACCAUGGAAAUCUAGUUGCCCUACAAUAGUCUCCAUAAUAAUAAGUUGUUGAUUCUGCACUUGCACGCUUGAAGCCACACUUGCAUCUUCUACAAGGUGACUUUCCACAGAAUUUUGAUUUACACAGUUCACACAUUGCUGGGUAAUCAGCUGUGCAAAGUAAUAUAAGAUGUCUUAGCUUGGUUGGACCAGCUUCCCCCCAACGGAGUAUCAAGUGAAUAAUUCACCUCUACACCCUCUAUAAAACCUCUCUCUAUCUCUUCAAUAAAGGGAGCAAGAAAUGAGUCAAGGGCAACAGGCCUUUUAUUUGGAAGCAGGUAGCAAGGAACAAACCCUACGACAAAAACUUCCUCUGCCUUGCAUCUGUCCUCUUUGCACAUUGUUGCAAUUUGUGCUUCCAAAGCACCACAACCAUGAUUCUCUUUGCCCGAAAAUGGUUGGAAUCCAUCCCAGUGGAGAAUAUAAGCAAUAUUUCGUGGGUCACCAUAUGCAUUUGCUGGUUUGUGCUCAAAAUGUUUAUGACACGAGGGACACACAAGUUUUUUGAGGCUUGAAUCUGGAAGAAAUGGUUCUUUCUCUACGUCUGAAUCAGGAAUGACAAAUCUGCAUUUUUAAUCUGGACAGAAAACAGGUAAAGUCCAACUUCCAUCUGGGUUCCAGAACCAUGAUAACUGGGAAAACCUCUUGCCAUUCCAUAGCUCUUUUUUUAUUUCCCAGCCCCAGUCCUCUGAACUAUUUUCAUAAAACCAGUGAUCUUUUUCCUUCAUGUGACAUGUCAUUUUUCUACACAUUUCAGGAUCCUUGCACAAUAAUUUUAAUUUGGAGUUGAGACCAAUAUAGUAGUAAGGGAUGGUUCCUUCCUUUCCACAAUGGCGGCAAGGUUGUGUGCUGCUUUUCAUAAGACCAUAGAGACAACGGUGAGACUCAUCAAGACAAAUAAAGUACUUUUUUAAUCUUCAUACCCCACAUUCUUUAAGACUUUCUCACAUUCUGACCAAUUUUUUGGCAAUAAGUUCUCUAGAUGAGGGUGUGCCGCCAAAAAUAGUUUCUUGCCCCAUUCCAGAAUUUUUUCAAAUCCAAUCUGAGAGAUUUUCAAUUCAAGCUGAAGUUCAAGUGCAUCAGGAACUGCCUCUACGAUCCUUUCAGAGAUCGUGUCCUCUUCUGUUGCGGAGGCCAUUCCCACAGACUCCUAAGAAUGUUGACCAGAUUGAUCUUCAUCACUGUGCAUGUCAUGCACGUUCAUAUGACUUCCAGAAACGAUGUCUUCCUCGUCACUGCCAUAAUCUGCCUCGGAGGCAUUGUCUCCUUGACCACUCAAACCAUAAUUAUAAUCUUCGACCUCACAACUACUUUCUGAUGAAUCAUCAUCGCGACCGCCAUCACUAGCAGUUUGAGCGAGUAACUGAUUUGUUCUGUUGAAAUGUCUGUAAGCGGUUGCUCUUGAUACGGGCUUAUUAUCACAAAUUCCGCACUGGCAAUGAACAUGUGGCUGAACGUCACUUUCACUGCAUAUACAGUACAAAAACACUGGAUCAGGAGUUGCCAUGUUCUAAAUCUUCUCACCACCAUUACUCUUCGCGUGACUGCAAGACUGCAGGCAUUACUGUGGAGAAGGACUGGAAAUAGUCUUACAACCCAGUCCUUUUGAAAGCGAGCGAUACUGCGCAUGCACUCAAACCACAUCUUCCCGCCUUCGUGGUUGCAGUGGAGCGUAAUUAAUCGCGUUUUUGUGGUGUUUUUUUCCGUUAAUAUGGAAGAAGAUUACAGAGGUAUGUUACGUUGACUUUCUAUCGUUUCUGUUUUGAAAAAUUAGUUCACGACAGGGUUUUUCUCUUUCCAGUUUGAUACUUCUAAAGCUUGAAACAUGAUUCCCGCCUUUCCUUGCAGAAUGGUCUGUCGUGCAGGUAAGGCUAAGCUGCCUUUAAGGUGUUCAACAAAGUGUUAAGAGCUCGUGGCAACGUGAUAAAUUUUGCAGCUUAGUCGAGUUUCUGGUCUUUAUUUUGUUGAAAGGGCGACACUUGUCAAUUACGAAGAAGUCUCAAGACAAGAGUGUGUUCCAGGCAUGUGGACUAACGACUGUUGGGGAGUAGAUGGAAUUUAUUUCGCACAUUGAAUCCUUAGAGAACAUUCAAGGUACGACCUUACAUUUUUCAUUCUUUUUUGUUCCUUUACUGUGUGUCUAGUCUAACUUUGCCGAAGGAGAGCACGUGUUUUUUGUAGUAUUGCAAAUCAUCAAGAUUAAAAUGGAGUAAAGUACAUUUACUUCAUUUCGCCUCCUGUGCCAGCCCGUACAAACGAUUCGCUAAAAUUGCAUGAUGCGAACGUUCGGUGACAGGUUCGAUAAAUUCCCACCCAUUUUGUUCCCAUUUCGCUGCUUACAGUAAGUUGUUAAAUUGUUUGGGUGGGAUUUAUAAAUUUUUGCUAAAGUUUGACACCUUUCCCCUCUUUAGGUGAGGUACAUGCAGUGCCACAAUUAAGUGCAAAGACAAGUUCAGUUGUGUUGCCGAAAAACAUCAAAUACAGCCCACCUACAAGGAAGGAGAAGUUAACAGCAACAGAGAUUAACAAACUAGACCUUUCAACUAAAUUAGUUUACAUGAGUGUGUAAGUAUUACAAGGUUUUUGUUUGUAAAUUUAAAACUGUGGCUAUCCCCCUCAAUAGAAUAUAUUGUCUUUUGAAUUGCAUUGCAGUCUAACAAGAAUACGUAAAGCCACAAGUGAAAAAUUCCCAGGAAAUGAAAUACCAUCGAUAAGAUCAAACCCGAAAGUAGCUGCGAAAGUUAAUGCCUUAGUAGACGAACUUGCAGAUAAUUGCUGUAUCAAGUCAAUUGAGUUUGGAAAACGUGUGAGAUUUUAGUAGUUUUACAAAAACUUUUAACCAACAGACUAGUUUGUUUUGUAGUUUUUCCGUAAAACAGUGAAAGGUUUUAACCCAGGACUCAAUUUCUUAACUCUUUUACUCUCCAUAUUUACUCAAAAAAGGUGCCUUAAUGUCUUUAUUUGUUGGCGCCAUUCCUAUUUGAAGGUGCUGCUUUUCCUUUUAAAUACACCAUUUCAUUGUUGCUUUAUUUUUCAUUGUGACAUGGCAAUGAAACUUGAAUUUAAAAUACUCCAAAAGUACUACAAUGUAUAUGAUCACUGUCAGCUGUUUCAUAGUUUGGCAUUUGAAUGAACUAUUGCAAGGACAAGCUUUAAAUUAAUUAAAGAUCAACCCAAUCCCAAUAAACGGCUGUUUUGUAGCAGGCUUAACUAAGUAGCAAGUUUGUCCGGAUGUAAAAGGUUAUGCUUUCUUUUCCUUUGUUUCCUUUCUUACUUCCAGAUGGAAUCAGACAACAUAUCAAAGCAGUCCUCUAGGAGUGCAAGAGAAUGAUAAAUUUGGGACAAUGCUAUGAGGUUUGUCGAACAAUUUUAUUUGAUAAUACAUGUAUUUAUUCUUGUAAAAAGAAACAAAAUGUUUCUCCAGGGGAAAAAAAAAACACCCUCUGCCCCCACAAAGGGUUUUUGGUUUGUCUCAGCAGACAUUCCACUUAAGGCUUUGUGUUUUCCUUUAAAAUGUAGAGCUCUCGGUCAUGAGACCCCCAUCCCUAGGGGAUUGUCGAUAUGGAGCCACACAAUUAUUGUACUGCCUUACCUCAUAUGUUUUAAACUUCAAAUCAGAGCUGUAAAAAUUACUUUUUGUUCUUUCCAGAGAAAAAGCAAAAAGAUACGUGAGUCAGGCUCAGAAUCCUCAGAAUCUGCUUCAACAUCUGCUGGUAAUGACACCGACAUUUUGUCGGAUGAUGACUCUUCCAGUGACACAUCCAAUGGUAAGGUACUGAAGAUUUUUAUCUCAGCUUUUUAUUACAUUGCAUGUGGUCCGACCACAUGCUUAUUGUUGUUCCUUGUAGAAUUUCGCAUAAAAAGUCCUGAUAAAUGGUGUGACUAAGGGAGGUUUGACUGGAUGUUUUGUUAUAAACAUUUAAAAUUUAAGCUUUUCAUCACAAAACAGAAGGUUAGGGUCAUGAGAAGUUUGCUCCUCAGUUUAGAUCUCAAAGUUGAAAGUGAUACUUGACUUCAUACUUGAGUUUUGGCUUAUCAUGAUUGUGUCUUCUUUGCCAUUGUUUAGCUUCGUGCUUACCAUAUUUUUUGGAGUGCUUAUACCAUGCAAUGUGUUAUGUCUAUUAAAGGGCAAAUUUUCAGUAAAACGUCUACUGCAAGUUAGUGACUUGGCGGCGGAGGCUGGAUUUCAAUCAUCCCUUAAAGAAAAAUAACAAUUUCAGAUCAGGCAAGUCAGAUCGUCGGGCCUUGGUAAGAUUUUUUGAAGUGCUUUCAUUGUUUACCAAUGAAGCAUGACAGAGUAAUGUCGAGCUGAAUAAUCUUAUCCAAGGGAUGUCUUAAGAAGAUAAUUCCCUUCAUCAUAGUCCAACAACACAACUCUAAGUCAACAAUAGCAGUCACUGCACUUGUAAUCUUAUUUUCUCAGUUAUAAGUCAUUCCCAAAUGUUUUGAUGUAGCAUCUCAUGGCAAAGAAUUCCAAACAAACACCCAAGGAGAAAGCAAUAACCAUGCAAGAAGCAAUCUGAAGCCUUGAGCAAAGUAUAAGUCAAAAAUUUUCUUCGUGUUAUUUGUGUGUCUUUGUGCACUUUAUUUGUAGAGUCAGUAUCAAAUCAUACCCAGUGUUAAAGUGAAACGAUUAAUUCAUUUACUAGUUUCUUCAUUUUAUCCCUAAAAACUGUUAAUUAUCCCAUCAACAGCUGUGAGCCCCUGUAUGCCUCUGCAGUCAGCAGAACAAAUAGUUUGUAAAGUGUUUGGAAAGACAACAUCAAGUCAUGUGCAGUUGCAUCGUCAUAUUAUACCUGCAUGUAGGUAUCUCAAGGUUCAUGGAAUUAGAGGGAAAUCCAAAGUGCAUUCACUGCGUGAAAUAAGUAAUUUAGUGGAAUUUAGAGGGCCAUGAUACUCCAUGGUACUUAGCAAAUCGUAUAAUGAAACGCGAGGUGUCAUGCCACGCGGAGUUUCCGAGGGAGUCAUUCCCCCGACACCUCUGUCGUAAAAUAUCAGGACAAAUCGUGGCCCGGACACGUCAACUGCGGCGUGUCAAGAAGUAUAAAAUCUAUGGUAUUCAAUGAUAUCCAGUACCGUAACGACCGAGUAACUAGAUUUAGCUCCGUUGUAACUAACGGUAAUAUUCCACGCAUAUCUGGCUUGAUUUACUCCGAAAGACUUUCGGCUAUGCCUGAGAUGACCCUACAGCACCAUUUCGCUGAUUAUGAAAAACACGCACUUAAUAUAUAUUACUUAAAAAGUAUGUGUUACUGUCUUAUCAAACCGUUUACGACCUUCACGGAUCGCGUAAACUAAAAGGUAUAUUUACUUUUUUAACGCUCUGUUUCAUAUCUUAACGUUCCUUUCAUUUGCGCAUCGUAAAGAUAAAUUUACACAUGGGCUGCGAGAUACAGGAUAUUGGUGGGCCUUAUUACUAAAUUAUCGAUUCCUUAUAAGAGUCUAAUGGAGAUGUGCCGCUGGAUGGGCUCGCAUUUUCACGACUGGAUUGACUAUAACGGGUAGCCUGCAUAGCAAGCAUUUCCGUUUGGUUUCGGAGCAAAAAAAAGACCGUGGAAAGGGAUUUUCGGUUUUGACCGUGCGAGAAAUAAAACGAAAACCAAAAAAUGAAAGAGGGGGAGGUGGAGGGGAAGGAUGUUGCCUUUCUUUUUUCCCCGACCCCUCCCCGCUCUUUUACUUGCGCCAUUUUUCGCGCGGUCUUUGACUCUUGUUCCUCAUUCUUUGCUCCUGAUCGCACAGAAACGCUUGUUGCGCAGGCUAAUAAUGGGGUAGCAUUUUGGUCAUGCAAAUGCUGAUAAAUGGUACAGUUCGAGUCUUAUUUACGCCCCUUUAAUGCAAAAAUCGUCCUAUUAAAGAACACAAUUGGGUACAGGUUUUUCAAAAGCAUAAAAGCAGUGAGGGCAGUAAAUGGUUGAAAAGGAAUUACGGUUAUGAAGCGCUAUUAUCAUUAUUAGAAUUAACCGUGUAAAGAUCGACAUAGUUUUGCCCCAAGAAAGUGUUAAAACAACACACAAGUAAUUUGUUGCAAAAUAUAUUUAUUGUUAAUAGAGGAUCUAUUUAACACAAAAUUCCUCCUUUAGAGAUCCUAUUUUCAAUCAUAUAAUUACACUAUAGCAGACUUUGGUAAUGCUAUUACAACAGAAACCUUUUCCUUUUGAUGACGCAUAAGUGGUACAUAAUGUUUUAAACAUACACAGUUUGAUCGAAAUCGUCCAACGGGCACAUAAUGUGCAUGUUCUGGUACUAUGGAUUCGUAAUCAUCUGCCCAAACCUCCACAGGCUUUGCGUACCUAUUGCACUGCGAGUGCCUUGCAUACCAAUCGACUGAAGCUAUCACAUGAGUGAUUCUUUGGGAUUUCCCAUUGUCUGUCUGAACAACAACAUCAUGUUGCGAAAAUUCUCUUACAGUAGCAGGCCCGCUAGUGUCAUCGAACCACUUAGCAAAAACUGUUGAUGCCUGAUGACCAUUAAACGAAUCAGAAGUAAACCGAUACCCCUUGUAUAAAAGUGACUUGAAAUUGUCACAAAAACUGGACACCUUGAGAAUUGUAGCAGCAGGGUACAUCUUCUCAUAUGUCUUUGUCAACAAGCUCACUUCAGAUGGCUCCAAAGCGUUUCUUUUAAUUGGUGGAAGGGGAACAUGAGCAUCUGUUUUGCUCAAGUUGACUUCAAAAGGGUUUUCAGUCUCACACUGAAUCAUGUUUGAAAAUAGCUGAGCACGGACAUUUGUUUCUCCCAGAGUUCCCUUUUGUCCAUCAUUGUGAUCUAGAAGCCUGCGGAAUUCAUCCAUACCCUCAGGAAAAACAAAUCUUCUUAAGUCCUUUUCUCUCAAAAACUUCCUCAUCAUCUGAACACCUGGAAACAUCAGAAAAGCACUCACUAAUUAAUUACCUAAUAACUAAAUUAAUAAGGCUAUAACCUUUAAUUUCUUAACUGUCACAAAAGAAUAAAUGUGUUGAAGCCUCCAGGGCCCAGUUGUUCAAAGGCUGAUUAGCGCUUAACCCAGUUUGAAAUUUAACCCAGGUGUCUUUUUCUUUUGUUCAAAAGCAUUUUCUUGGAAAAUUUUCCCUGUUAUUUCUUAAGAGCAUCCAAUCAUCAACUUGCUGAAGAAGAAUUAAACUGAUUUUACUUUUUAAGCUUUCAUAUCUGAAUUUAAUUUCGCACUAAUCCUGGCUUAUCUUAACCCAGCUUUGAACCACUCGGCGCUGGACCAAAACUUAAGGACUGAAGGAUUUCAUGUACAGCUGCAGGAUUCAAAGAAAGUCGUUUUCACAGCUUGACAUUCGGGAAAGCUGAAGCUAACAUUUACUAGCCCAAACAUCAUUUCAACUAGCCCAAAAACGUUUUGAUGAGCAGAUUGAUUUCACAGUUCUUCUAUAAUUUGAAUUCCUCAAAAAACUUAACUUGCCCAUCUGGCAAGUUAAUAACAGAAUUCACUAGCCUGAUAGCAAAAUCCACUAGCCCUGGGCUAUCGGACACUACUUUCUUUGCACGCUGAGCUGUUAGAUAAAAAACAAAUCAAGUUGAAACUUGAUGACUAUACUCUGGUUGGUUCGCUCAUCCCCCCUAAUAACAAAAACAAACAUUUCUAAAUUUUUCUAUGAUCCAGAAUGUGGUACAUGAAGAGCCACUUAGUCAAAUGUUACCAAGAAAGUCAUAUCUAUUUAUUUCAUCUCAUAUUCUUCUUUUUUCAUCCAGAAAAUUAUAAGUGCUUUAUCAUUCUGUUAUAAGUUGCGAUUAAACUCAUCACCAAUAGAUGAGCUUGGGCGUUGGUGUCUACAAAGUUGGUGGAGCCGAAAAAACUAAAGCACAAACUGGCACGCAAACAGCAAGCUAUUACAACAACACUUUGUGAAGUACUGCAAGCAAGCAACUGCGUACAAGUCACGAGAUGCCCCUGCUAGAGGCAUCAGGCCACCCCUACUAUAGCCACAUUAAAAAAUAGAUGAUUGCACAAAUUUGAGAUUUUUUGGACAGAAACAUUAAUUAACAGUUCAAUGCCAAAUCGUGACUACCUUACAUGUACAUGCCAGAAAUUAGUGAUCAUGGCUUAUAACUUAGGGGAGGUGGUCAUAUAGGGAAGUCACACUGUGUUUGCUAACGUAUUGUAUUAUUUACUUGUUAUACUUACCAACAUUCACAUUGUUUGUAUGAUAAUCUCCCAGAAUUCCAUUGUAGCGUUCAAAAGAAAAACACCAAAAUGAGUAAACAGGUCCAUAAUCUAGUAUGCAAUCCUGUAAGUGGCCAUGGAGAUGCAUGUUUGGUGUACAACGAUCCCUGCCACAAAGGGCCUCAAACAUUUUACAAAAUGUUAAGAGGUUCUGAUCUGCUUCUUGACAUUCCUCCCUUGUGAUGACUUAACUGCAUAGAAUUCUACACGCUAGUACAAAUUUAGUCCACAUAGCAUAAUGUUGACUAGAAAUUACUCCUUUCAAUGCAAAGGAAGAAUAGAUAAGCACCCAGUUUUUCCAUUGAUCAGCAGUGAAUCCUUUAAAUCCCUCAGAGAUUUCCCUGGUAUGCGUCCUAUUUCAGAUGGCGGUUUGAUGAGAUUAACACGUUUCUGCAGCUUUUGCAUAUCUGAUUCAUUCAAAAUUCCCAUCGCAAUCCAUGUCUUCAGGACGUUCUUUGCUGAGCCAAGAAGCAAAUUGUGCACAGGAUCAAUCAAAGAAAAUCUGAUAGCAUCAUAGUAAGGGAGCUGGAAAAGAACAGAAGAUCGGGCUCCACUUUCAGAGGAAAAUUUCUUUACAUCACUGGGUGUUCUAGCCUGGCAUACUUUAUCUGCAGCUGCUCUGUGGUCUUUGUCUGAUCUUGGCUGCCAGCUUUCACGGUCAAAACCUGAAAAUUCAGGUUUCUCACCAAAUGAUUUCCUAGGAAAUUCCUUGAAGCAUUUACUGCAUCCUGGAUAAAAAAAGAAGAGAAGGAAAACUGGAUAUAUGAUUCUCAGUAGGAAAGAUAGUGUUGACACAUAAUUUUCUGCAGUAUACCAGAUGACAGCUGAUGAUGAUGAGUUUUUGAACAAUGGCAGGUAUAAUAUCACAACAUUCAUGCUUUGUUUUGCAAAUGAUGAUCUUGAAGAAACUGUUCCAUAUUAUUGGGACUAUAAUUUACAUAGUUUUACAUGUUCACAUUUCAAUCUACAGUGUACCGACUGUACACAUGAGCCCAGCUUACAUGAAACAAAAAACUUGAAGCUCGAAGUUACAGGGGUAACUAAUUUCAUUAAGAUCGUUAGACUAAUGAGAUUAUCUUGACUGUUUAACUACUACUGCAACAGUAUCAAAAUAGUUUAUAAUAGUAACUCAGACACAACCUUGUGGUUAAUUUCGUUGUUGUCGUUGUUUCAAAUGCAUUUACAUGUUACAUAUCAAGGUUUGGCUGCAGCUGCAACAGACUCAAACAGGUCAGUCCCUUCUAUACAUGGUAAAAAGCUAGGGUUAUCUUACAAUCCUUUCCAUGGUUAAAAAAUAAAAAAAUGAACCACAACAUAUUCAAAUAUAUCCAUCUAAAACUGCUCCCAUUGAGGUGUAUAACUAGUGUUGUUUACCUUUUUUAGCACCAUGGCCAACAAAACCUCCACAUUUUCUUGUUGCUGGUAUAUCACUUGAUAAUGCUAAAAGGGCAGCUCUAAACAUCUCGCAGUUUCCACUUUUUGUGGCGUUGAAGAGAACUCCAUCCCAGAGAUCAAUGAGGUCAUCUACUAAUGGCUGGAGAAAGGAAUUAAUGUGAAGUUUUGGUUCUUUUGGUCCAGGAAUAAUUCCAAUGACCAUAACGUUUUCAGGCUUAAAGCGCUCUUCCCUUGGAAGGUUCAUUACUACCAUAUAAAUGAAACCUAUUGAGUCUGAGCUAUGCAGAGUAGGGCGAAACCAGUCUACAUUUAACAUAAGACCAAAGUUAUUUGGUGCAGCAAGGAAGGGUUCACCAUCCACAAGCUGAAAUUCUUUCCACACUCUUCCUUUAAAGCAAUCUCCAAGAACAUUGUCUGGUAAUUGAGUAGAACGGCUUCUCCAUUUUUCACAGUGUUCCAGGAAACCAGGUUUGUUAAUUAGGUCCUGCAAUGAAUCUGUAAGAUGUCUAAAGCAGUAGACUUCCUUAGGAUACAAGAAUGAUUUUCCAGCCCUUGAACGCAUAGUUUUCAUUAGUAUAGUUCCACAGGGUUGUCUGCGUGCUUCAUGUGGAUGAAGGGGAAAUUCUACAUUGCUGCACUUUGCUGAUACAGCUUCACCGCUAGGCCUUUUAUGAAUACAUUCUUCAAAGGUGUACAAAGUUUUACAUUUGGGGCAAACAGCAUAUUUUGUAAAACUGUCCUUCUGAAGAUUAAGUUUCCUCUCAAUCAUGUACAGUGUUUCUGGGAUAAUGUUGGCAAAGUUAACAAGAAUGUCCGCUUUCAUCAUCCUACCAACUGCACGUAAGAAGAGCUUGAAAAACUUUAAAAGUAUUAAAAGAGCGCGGUCUGCAACUUUAAACACUGACUGCCAAAGAAGGAGGAAUAAGAGCAAUGCCCGUAGUUCUGAACAGCCACUCUCAGAUUCAUUUGGUUUAUCAAUCAAAUCUUCAUCAAUGUCAUCAGAGUACUCAAAGCAUAGUGGUUCCUCUCUGCCAUCCUGGAAAAUACACAGGGAGACAAGGAUUUACUGAAUGUGUGACUUUAAAAGGACCUUGAUCUUCCAAGGCAUAUGCCAACAUAACACAAACAUUUCCUUGAUGCCUGCAUCUUAGUUCAGUUGUCUUUCACUAAUACAUGCCAAUAAGCUAUUCAUAACAACUCAGCUAAUCAGGAAUUUACAGAUGCUAGUGUCCACAGAAAUGAAUAAAAGGAUGUUCUUGUAGCAGGCAUCCCUUAACUUCUCUCCCCAAUCCCCCUCCCUUUUCUCUCCCUCCCAACCCCCAACUCCCUUUUAUGCCUGCUAUGCAGGCUAAAAAAUAGUGAGAGAAAGCUAUUGGAUAUUGCAAGUUGACAGAUACCUCAGAGUUUCCAUUGUCUUUUAUGUAUGGUAGUUCUUCUGGUGCCACAUUCUCAUGAUCAGUUGUUUCGGCUUCUGAAAAGAACAGCCUAUCUUCAUGUUCCAGGUCAGGAAUGACUUGCUCAUGUUCAACUGUAUUUUAUGAUUACUUAAUAUACUAACCCUCCAAGUUAAAGUUUUUGCUCAGUCACCAUUUGGCAACCAUCUCUUUUGGUUUAGGGAGACUUUUUUACAGAUCAAGUAACAGAUCCAAAAUUUUAAGUGCCAUGGCGACCAAAAUGCUUCACUAAGGAGGGUUGUAUACUAAAAGAAAAAUGAAGCAAAACAAAGUUCCACUUAGCAGUCAUUUUGUUACAAAUAAUUAUGGUGAGUCCUAGGACUCAUCUUGAGUACAAAUCUGCCCCACUCCAGUACCAGGGAAUCGAGUCCCAGUGCAAAAAACAAUAAGUCCUAAAUUGAGAAAGCUUAGGCCUUUAUGUGACCACGCAGAUAAAAAGAUAUUUUUUUGUUAAGCACAAUGAAGACUAAAAGAAAUAUGCAUUGGUAAACAACAGCCACAAGAACAGCCACAGAAAUCACACCAACAGGAUGUUCUACAAAAACAUCAGAUGGAACAAUCUUUGCAUCCUUCGGGAUGCAUGCUAUGAACUUUUGUGUGUGGGCGGUAGGGGGACUAAUUCCCAAGCUUUUUCUUAAAUGAAAUCAAAGCAAUGUUCUCACAACUUGCAAGCAAUCAUCAAGAGUCUUGCCAGCGGAUUUGUGUAGUGACUAUAGUCAUAAACCAAAAAUCAAUGGUUUUGAGAAGGAUCAAAAUCAUGGAUUGUUCUCAUAUAAUUUUGGUAAUUCACAACUGUAUUGAUGUUAUGUCACUUUUCCGACAAAGUGUAUGUUUUGCUUUUUCCUUUAAACAAUUUUUCUCUGCACAGUUUGGAAUAUGCAACAUAUAGCUGAAACAAUCACUCAAGAGUCAAGAUAUCUAGUAGUGUUUUGCUGCAAACCUAAGGAACGUUAAGGUUGCUUCAAGGUACAUAUGCAUCAGUAUUACCUGUCAGUCAUGUCACAUCAAAAUGUUAUAAACUGGAAGCUGAGGUACACUUUAUAUACAUCAGCCUCUAGAGACAAAAAGUGUACAAAGGAGAAGAAAAACAGACACUUUGUCUAAUAAAGCAACUUGAGUGAGAGUGAUUUUACUUGGCCCUUGAAACAGAUAAUAACAAUUAGUGCCAAACGGCAACAGGUAAACAAAAGAAGACAAUGGAAUUAGUGCAUAGGGUUUAGUGCCAGCAACAAGCUAAAAAACCAGCAUCUAAUUAUUAUAAUCAGAAAAGCUCUCUCUUCGAGGUCAUUUUUCCAUUGUAUAAUUGUCCUUUUCUUAUUAUUAGUGUCUUUCAUUUUUAGCAUUGAUCGUGCACACAACAGCAAGAUUAGAAGUUUCCUCUGCCAGGAGCUUCAGAAGGAGAGCAAUAACCACUCUAAGUCAACAAUUAAGCGUAAGUUGCAUAACUACUAUUUUGCUUUUGUUGAAGAUGCUACAGGCCCCCUUCUGGCUAGUUAUUACACAAUAGAGAUUGAGUAAGUAAGCUAAUCAGAUUGGAGAAUUUGUGAUAGUUUGCUAGAUGGUUUAAACUGAAAGAGUGCAGAGCAAUAUUUUGUUGAAUGUUUUACCGUCUCUC